AUGACGGAAACCGCGCAACUUCGGGCUGUGGAUAGCUACGACGUCGACUUUCACGAGCUUCAUUAUGCUCUCGCUGCAUGUUCUCCCAAUCUGUUCACCACAAACCUCUUUACGCGGAACACCAGCCUUUUGAAUUUUCAAGGGACGCGCGUAGUUCUCGAAUAUGCUGAUGUCAUCCACAAAGCAUGUGAGACUGUCGUCGACAACACCCAGAGCCUGCUAAAGGAUAGCGACCGCGAGUUCAUCAGUACUUUCAUCAUGGAGCCAGCACGAACUAUUGGAAUCGACAUCUCGUACGUCUUCGAGCAGCUGUACGCUUUCCGGUUGCACAGGUGCGAAGGCGGAAACCAUCACAAGACAUUACUCUACACUAAGCCGUCCUUCUGGACGCGUGGACGCAGCCUCCUGCCGGGGAAAUUGGGUAUGGACAAAAGUCAAAAGUUACUUGCACGUCGACUCGUCUCGGACGACAUGGUUGUUGCCCAGCUUGGGACAAGAUCGUGCGAGGCGCUUCGGCUAGUGCUCGGCAAGGCAAUCAAGGAUUACAACCGCAAGCAUUGCAAAUACGGCAUGGCCAAGACCAAUCGAGAGGUCUAUGCAGAGCCGAAGUUCGUCGCUUUGAAGAAAGAGCUGAAAUGGAGGGAUUUUGUCUUUACAAAAUACCUCUACGAUGAACAGCAGGCUGCGAUGGCAAGUGGUCAGUCAAAUCUCAGAGCGAGCAACCAAGGAGAGCCCAGGAUGAGUAGUCGGUUAUACGAUGCAUCACGACGAAACAGCGAUCAUUUGCGCAGGCCAAGCUCCCUCCACGAUCUGCACAGUAUAAGCGAACGGCCUGAGAGGCCCCCAAGGCCGCUAUCGACCUCCAACAUACGCCUAGGAUCACCUCGAUCAAGGCCGGUGCGGCCGGGACUGUGGACCAACUAUUAG